ACUGCUUCUCAUACAUAACUUGAAAUGGACAACUGAAAACAAAAUAAAUGUUCAGUACUAUUAGUUGAAAGUUAAAAGUGUUUUACAAGACUGGUAGGCACAUCGAGUUAGUACCUCCAUACAAUUAAAAAAAUAAUGAUUUGUAAAUGAAAACCAUUCAACGAAACGUGUCUGCUGGAUUGAGUUGGUAAUAAAUCAAACUAAAGUUGGUAGUCACAUUAUUGAAUUGGCAGCCUGUAAUUUUUUGUAUAUCAUGACAUGAUUGGCAGCAUUGUUGACGUCGUUUAGGUGAAGUGUCAUUUUUGUCUGCUCUCGUUUUCAUCUUUUGUGUAUAAAAUUGGUGCUAACAUACAAAAACUAUAAACGAAUAAGCGUUUUUAUGUCGGAAGAAAGUGUUUUUUAUAUUAGUGAUACGUGAUCUCAUAGUGGGAGUCCAGAAAUCUACAUUUUUAGUUAAUUAAAAAUGGCGACAAAUAGAACCGGUACUGCCCAGAGACCAAACGGCGCCACCCAGGGUAAGAUCUGUCAGUUCAAGCUCGUCUUGCUCGGCGAGAGUGCUGUCGGUAAAUCGAGCUUGGUGCUGAGGUUCGUCAAAGGACAGUUCCACGAAUAUCAGGAAAGCACCAUCGGAGCAGCUUUCCUUACACAAACCAUUUGCCUGGACGAUACAACUGUCAAAUUUGAAAUAUGGGAUACAGCGGGACAGGAAAGGUAUCACAGUUUAGCCCCUAUGUACUAUAGGGGCGCACAGGCAGCUAUAGUGGUCUACGAUAUUACCAACCAAGACACGUUCGGCAGGGCGAAGACGUGGGUGAAAGAACUUCAGAGGCAGGCCAGCCCCACAAUCGUGAUAGCUUUGGCUGGCAACAAGCAGGACUUGGCCAACAAGAGGAUGGUGGAGUAUGAAGAAGCGCAGACUUACGCGGACGAAAACGGAUUGUUAUUUAUGGAAACCUCUGCAAAGACAGCAAUGAAUGUUAACGAUAUAUUUUUAGCAAUAGCUAAGAAAUUGCCCAAGAAUGAACAAACCACGGGACAGGGGGGCAGCGCCCAGGGCAGGCGACUGGCAGAAGGCGACGCGGGCGCCAAGACGGCAGGAAACUGCUGCAAGUGAUGGUACACGCUUGCAGGUCGAGUGUUGUUCAACUGUCAUGAUGAGAGAGGACUGGAAAGUGCAGCCGCACUCUAGUGAUAUAUAUGUGUAAUAAAGGUCCUUCUAUUAACAAAAAAAAAAUAAAUAAAAAAUAUAUUUGAAACUUAAUGUACACUGUCACAUAUUCACCGUAUUUUUUAGGAUGAAAAGAAAUAUGGAAGAAAUCGGUCUUUAACAGUCUAGAUGAGUUGUAAUGUCUCGUAUUGGGACAUAUAAAUUUGUGAUAAUUGUACCUACUUUUUAUUAUUUUUUUUUAACAUAUUUUAUGUUGGUAAUAUCUGACAGUGUAAGUAAGUUUAAAAGCGUUUAUAUCGACUGUACUUUUGAGCACCAAUAAAAUAAAUAAGUUUACCUCGAUUUAAUUAUUUUUGUUAUUUUGUUUUUCACUUAGGAUGUGCAAUUAUAUAUAUAUUUAGUACCACUAAUUUUUUUUAUUUUAGCGUACAGUCAAUCUAAAUGCAUUAUAUAUACCAACUUUCAAUUUAUACUUUUAAUAUUUCAGAGUAUAAACUGUAAGAAUAAACGUUAUAUGUAUUUUAUUAGUGUAAUAAUUGGCGAUAGUACGUUUCCUAACUAAUUUUUCAUUUUUUCCGUACUCUCCGUUUUUAUUAUGAAGAAAACUUUUAUCCUUUAGGUACUGUGUUUCGGAACAUAAUUUCGCGAUGCGUGACUGAAAAGAACAUAAACAUUUAUACGUAUUGUUUGUUAUUAAGUUUUGUGUCAUAUGACCAUUUAGAUCCAAAAGAAAGCAUAGAGGGCAUUACAAAAAAGGCGUUUAGGUUAUUAUGAUAAAAAAUGUAAAUAUUUUUAGGGAAUCCUAAUUAUUCAAGUUAAUAGUAAUUUAUACUGAUUUAUCAUCAAGGUAUUUGCAAUAAAAAUGUCAAUAUUUCAACAGUUCUAUAUUGGUUAUUAAAUUAAUUCGUUGCUAAGAUGUCAAAUUAAAAGUUUAUGAACAUUUUUACUAAUAUAGGUUGACUAUUAACAGUAUUUACGAUUCAAAAUUAAUUAAAUAAACUUUAUGUGUUAAUAAUGUCACAUAAGCGUAUUGAACUGUCACUUAUGUGUAUUACACUUUCACGUAUGUGUACGUAAGAAAUCAAAAGAGCUAAUGGUGAUAUUUUUAGCGGUUUUAUUUGUCAUGUUUGUGAAACGUCAAAGGUGUAAAUUUAAACUUCGGUUAUGAUUCUUGAUAGUUUAAAAUGUUUGAGAAGUAAUUCAUUUUUUAUUUAUAUUUAAGUGUAAAUGUGUUUAACAGAUUGCACAGAAAAUUGGAAAUUGACGUUCGAAAUUGCCAAGUGUUGUUUAUGGGGCGUGGUCGUACAAUAAUCAGAAUAACGGUUUCUUUCAAUUCAUCUUUGAUAUGGAAAUAAAUUUGGAAAAUACCGUGAAUGUCCAAAAACAAUAAUUUAGUUUUCCUAAAAAAAUGCUUGACUAAGAAGCAUAAAAUAAACUUGUGGGGUAACAUUUAUUACUCUGUAGUGAGACAUGUACAAUAUAUAAGUACUAAGUUGUAUAAUAACCAAAUAAAAAGAAAAAUAAGAAAAUAUAUAUAAAGUACAAAUGAUUGAUGGUUAUUAUUUACCUGUGAAACGUAGUAUCUGGUUCUUUUUUGUCGCUACGACUUUUACACUGAUAUGCAACACAAUAAACCAUUGUAACAAACUAAUUAUCAAAUGUCGUUUAAUUUAAAAAUCACAUAAACAAGAGUAAAAAGCUGUGGUGUCGCCGAAAUGGAUGGCACCAAAAUAAUGGCGGCCAAUAAAUAAUCGGCACAGAAUACUACGAGUGCUCAAAAUACUUGUUACACAUCCUCUCUCUUUCCUUGUCUAAGGUAACCUCACAAUGCAAUGUCACAUAACAUUUUGACAUAUUUCAUAUACAGUGUGCCAUAUAGUGGGAUCCAUAUGGGAAUUUUUUUAGAAGUUCGAAAAAACGUCAUAAGGCAAUAACAUUUGCUUAUUUAAAAACUUAAAAUAGCCCAUUAAAAAAAAACGAAUUUGGCAGAUAACUGCCAAGAUAGUUUACAUAAUUCUGUGCAAUGCAUUUUUUGUUGUAAUAAGGUUUAAGAAAU